AUGGUGAAACUCAUGCAAUGGUGGUUAACAGCAAAGCCUAGUGAAGCACCAGCAAGAGGCUUACUUGAACUAGUUCGUGAACGACGUAUUAUGGUUAUGCGACAGCAAGCUGACGGCCGACUUCUUCCAGCUCGAUUAGAUGAUCCGAAAAAAACACUCACACUAUUACAUUUGAUUCGUCUGUUUAAAACACCACAUUGCACAGGCAAAGAAAUGAAUGCAUUGAUCGAACUAAUCAUUGCAUGUAUUAACUACAAUGAGAACAAUGCAAUCGACAUGCAAUGUUAUUUGGUUGUAUCUGCACAAUUCGAAUCAAUUUGGCGACUCUACUUCGAUCCAUUACUUAUCGAAACAGUCGAUAGUCAUGAUGAUCGUGCCCGCAAAGAUGCCAUUGAUCAACCAGCAUAUCAUUCCAAACAAUCACUCACAGUGCGAUGGACAGAUGGACGUGAAGAUGUUUGUAGUGAUGGUAUUGUUCAACCCCGCGAACGUGUUGAUAAUCUUGUUCAUCAAGCAUUGAAUGUCUGUGAGAAUAAAGAACAAUUAAUGGAUUUACUCAGUAGUAUGCAACCAAGUUUUAUCAAAGCUAUUCAUUUGUUCCCGCCUUGGCUACGUUUAUAUGUUCAUUUAAGCAAACUACCUUACUUUGACGUUACGAUUAGUCAAUAUCUUUUCGAACGUCUUCAAGAAGUGAAUAUAGAAAGUUAUGGAGCAGCAUUGGUUCAAUUCAUCUUUGAUUUAUUUAAUAUAUGGCCAUCUUUAAGUGAUAGUCAUCUACUCAAUUCAGUCCGUGAUCGCAUUGUUCAACUUAUUCGAAUACUUAUCAUGCAUAAGACUCAGGAUUCAAAUGUACUUAUUGAAAAAUUGACCGAACGCAUUUGUGCAAAUACACCAGCACACAACAUACGUGGUCAUCUCUGUUUCUUCUUACUUCUAAGCGAUUUAUUACCAAAGUAUUACGAAGCUGGAUUAUCGGGUGCUAUUAAAAAAAUUGAUAAAAAUACCUUGUUAUGGUAUGUCGAUUUAGUCUUAGCAGACAACAAUGCAGAAGUUAGUGGAAACCACUCUGCUCUCAUGAUUAUCUUGAAAUAUAUGAGCAUGUAUACAGAAUACAAUCUACUUCGUGAAUGGUUUGAUCGCAUGGCAACACAUCCAAACGACGUGAUCUGUUUUCAACUGAUUGAAUAUUCACUAUGUCCUACAACAACAUUAGCAACGUAUGUCCAACACGCAACCGAUGUACAAGUCGAGCAACUCCUUCAAUGUAUUCAAUCCAAUAAAGCUACACAAUUCAUUCCUAUUCUAUUGGCAAUUCUUGAAUUCUUAGCUAAAAAUGCUCAAACACAAAAGUGUCUCUUUCGAUCCGAUCAUUUGUGUCGUAUCAUUCAAACAUGGUUAUCAUUAAUUAGUUUACCUUCGAUAAUUUUCCGUCUCAUUCAAUUACUUCUUGAUAUUGGUUAUUCAAAAUACAGUAAACAUGCAAACGAUAUUGCUCAAUUUUUUCUGGGUGAAUAUUCGUCUACUUUGAUAUCAAUCAAUUUUGAAGGUCAUAGUCCUCUAGCUCUUAUCAUUUUAUUUAUUUCAUCGUUGGCAGAAACUGAUGAAACGAACAGGGAGCUGUCACAAUUGCAACCUGAAAUUCUAAUUCAGAGUCUCUUUCGUACUAUUGAUGAAGUGACUGAUGAUGACAAUAAUUCAAGUUCGUCGCAUCUGCUUAGUCUAAGUGGAGAAAUUAUCAAACAACGAUCACGUACUGUACUUAUUCAAUUACUUUCUUCAUUCAUUCCUGAUAUCAUGGGCCUAUUGGGUCGCACAGGUCAAAUGAAAAAAGCCGGUGUUAUUCUCCUAGCUGAAAUAUUAAAUUUGUCACCUAACGAGCGUUCGGUGUUAAUUGAUAAUGUUCAAGAUCAAUCGACAAUAGACAAUAUUAACGAUCUCUUAAGCACCAAUCAAGAACAACAGACAUCAUUCUUCUCUAGUGAAGUCUCAAAUACAACAGAAAUCGUUCCAGUACGGCAUAACGACUUCAUCGUUGGACACAAGUUUUUGACAAAUUUGAAUGAUGCUGAGGCAGACAAAGUUGAUCAAAUUCUUCGAUCUUAUAUAUCCCAACAACGUUCAGAGAUAUGUCCUAUAAAUGAACAACAACAACGACAUCGACUUGUACUUACUGCUACAGCACGCGAGAAUGUAUCCAAAAUUCUUGAAGUACUCGAUGAUCCCAUUUCAAUUUUACUUGAAGGUAGCACUGGUGUUGGAAAGAGUGCUAGUGUUAUGGAAGCAGCUCAACAAUCGGGUCGUACUCUAGUACGUUAUAAUAUGUCUUCACGUGUCACUAUCGAUGAUCUUCUUGGUAAAGUAUCGCUCGUACCUGAUGUCGAAACUCAGACAACAAGUUUGAAAUUCGUCGACGGACCAUUUACUACUGCUUUUGCGCAUGGCUAUUGGAUACUAUUUGAUGAACUUAAUCUUGCUCAAGAUACAGUUCUUCAAGCCAUUGAAUCAGCUCUUGAUACACGCCAAUUAACUAUAAACAAUUCGAGCUCAGCUGAACAGUCAGUUAUCGUAUAUCGAAUGCAUUCAGAUUUUCGAUUGUUUGCAACACAAAAUCCAAGCACAGGUUUUUUUAAGGGUAAACGUGAAAAAUUAUCUCCAUCAUUUUUAAGUCGCUUUCGACCACUCGUUUUCAAAGAGUUACCAGACAAUGAAUGGCGUCAAAUCGUACAACAACAACUGACACCUUAUCUACCUGAUGAAGCCGAAGCUUUGGCUGAAUUACUCGUAUUUAAGUUUAAUGCUAUUAUCAAGAAAGCAUUAAAUGAUCCGAAACACCCGUCUGUCGAAACGGGACCAUAUGCAGAAACAUCAAUUCGUGAACUUCUCAAAUGGGUAAAUUUACUUAUUUCUCAAAAGAACAAUGGAUUAUGGCCUCAUGAAAUAACGGCACGUGCCGCUCUACUCAGUUUUAGUGCCUGGUGUGUCUAUGGUGCACGAUAUCGUGCAGAAGGUCGUACUCUCAUCGAAAAUAUACUUACCGACAAUGGUAAAGGUGGUUUGGGUCGUCCAUCACUUCAAAAUAUCAAAACUAUCAUUGAUCAAGAUAAAAAUUAUAUUUAUUUUGAUACUGUCCGCUAUCGAGCCCGAAUUGAAAGACCAAUCGAAGAUUCAAGAACUGAAUGGACUCGCGCAUUUACAUCAGCUAAUCUUGAUACAGUUGAUUAUCAUCCAGACUUAUGGAGAAUAGCACUUGAAGCUCAUACUGCAAUUCAUAAAGCCUUGCUAAACAAUGAAUUUAUUGGUUUACAUGGUAUUUAUCGAAUUAAUCGAUCAUGGAUUUGGGAAUGGCUUAUCUCGGCUGCACGUUCAAAUCUUUUCAAAUCACAGAAAGAAUUUGCCCUUCAUGGUAGUAAAAUGUAUCAAUGUCGUUUUCGUCACAGUGCAGCACAAGAAUUAGUUCGUACUUGCUUCAGUAAAAUUUUUAAGGAUCCUGAUUUGAUACGAAAGACAAUUGAUGAUUCAUUUGUAAAACCAGAAAUACCCUAUGUACUUACUGAUCGAACAUUGGCAACAUUGAAGCAAGUAUGUUUCAACAUGAAUAUUAAACAGCCAAUUUUAGUUACCGGUGCAGAAGGCUGUGGAAAAUCAGAACUUUUACUUACAUUGGCUUGGUUCUGUGGACAACGUGUCCAUCAAUUGAACAUAACGCCAGAAACGGAACCAUCAGCUCUUAUCGGUCAACUUGUUCCAAAUGAUAGUAAAGAUGAGAAUGAUCCAAAUUAUGGUCAAAAGCUUAUAUGGCAAGAUGGUUAUGUUACUCAAGCAUAUACAAAUGGUGAAUGGGUUCUUCUUGAUAAUCUUGGCGUAGCUGAAUCUUCAGUAUUAGAACGACUUAAUCCUGUUCUAGAACAAAAGCCUAUGCUUGUACUUACUGAACGUGGUGAUGUUAAUGAACAAACUAUCCAUGAUGAUUAUCAAUUAGUAGCAACAAUGACACCACCUGAUAAUCGUUCACCAUCACAAAAUAAUGCGAGUGGUUCAGCAAAUGAACUAUCACCAGCACUCUAUAAUCGUUUUGCUGUUAUUCAUAUGCCUGAUAUAUCGUUCGAUGUCACACAUGAUUCACAAGAAUUACUUCAGAUUACUAAAGCUCUGCUAUCCGAUGAACCUGGUAUCGACUACACAUUGACUGUAGAAUUUUGUCGUGCAAUUCUCGAAUUCUACACAAAGCAUACUAAAAGUUUUUCUAAGUUUACCAUGCGCAAUAUCAUACGAUUGCUUGAUAGUGCUUAUCUUCUUCAAUUACGAUUCAAAACUACACUGGAUUUUAUCUCUAGCUUAUGGACAGCAUAUCAUGUUACGAUUGCUAAUCAAAUUAAAGAUGAAAAUCUCAGAAAGGAAAUAACCGAUCAUGUCAAGAAGUUACUUACGAAAAAUCGUUCAUCAACUGACCUUCGUCAACCAAUAUUCACUGACUGGAUUCAUAAGAGUGACGAACAUAUUUUGACUGAAAGUCGAUUGAAUUAUGCUAAUGCAGUAUUAGGUGCUGUAACUUGCAACAUUCCUCUUUUACUUGAAGGACCAGCAGCAGUUGGUAAGACUGCACUUAUUUCAUACUUGUGCAAGAAUCUGAAGACUCAAAUUUUUAAUAAUAACUCUAAUAGUGGCAUUCAACUCGAACGAGUAAAUAAUACCGAUACAACUACAAUUCAAGAUUAUCUUGGUACAUUUUUACCUGUCAAUGAUGGUUUUGCAUUUCAAAAAGGUGCUCUCUAUCGUGCAAUGGAAAACGGUUGGUGGUUCCUUGCCGAUGAAUUCAAUUUAGCCGAUCCAUCCGUCAUGAACAUGCUCUUUCCUUUACUAGAGGGUAAAAACGCUAUCACUAUACCAACCAGUGGUAAGAUUAUAACAGCUAAACCAGGAUUUCAAUUCUUUGCUACACAAAAUGAUGCUUCAUAUGCUAAUCGAUAUCAGUUACCAGUAUCAUUGCGUAAUCGAUUUCUUGAAGUACAGUUUGGAGAAUUUCUUGAUAAUGAACUACCAGAAAUCAUUCUACAACGUAAUGAACUCGGAAAAUUAAAACCAAAAUGUUUAACAAAAGACUCAGCUAAAGAACUAGCUCAAUUUUAUCAUCGAGUUCUUCGUACUCGAUCACGUAUUACAUUUCGUGAACUCGUUAAAUGGCUUCAUCGACAUGCAUUUCUAUCGCCAAACAAAGAACUUUGGUCUACUAUUGGUGCAUUAUUAUUAAGUGCUAAAUAUCCAGUCGAAUCUGAAGCACGAGAAAUAUUGAUUAAAGAUUUAAAAGAAACGUGGCCGAAAAUUAUUAUGUCAACAAAUCCACAGGUCGAAAUUAAAGACAUUGGUGGGCAAGUUCGUUUUCGAGAAGGUGAACUCUACGUUGAUGUACCGAAUAUAACAUUAGUUGACAGUCUAGUACCAUCAUCACCUGAAACAUUUCUUCGUUCACUCACACGCCUUGCUCUAGCUGUUGCUGCUAAAGAACCUGUACUUCUUGUUGGUCCAACAUCAUGCAAAACUCUACUCGUUGAAACAUGGACUAAUCUUUCGAACCGAUCCCAUGAACUUAUCAAAGUACAUUUAACACCGGAUACAGAAGCUGGUGAUCUAAUUGGAGAAAUUCAACCAUACUCCUUUUUGGAUCUACUCAAACGACUACCAGCUAUGGCUGAACGUGUCUAUCUUCGUUUUCAAAGUCUUUGUCGGCAUCAUAAUAACACAGGAGUUUUGACAAUGAAAGAUGAAACUUUUCUACAACCUCUGAUUGAUGCAAUCAAGAUACAAUUGCCAGAUGCUAUUCGAAAAUUUGAAAAUGCCUAUUCACGUGAUGAAGAACGACGCCAACAGAACGAUCAAUUUCACGAUGAUUUUGAUGCACUUCGUGCACAGACCGAAUCUCUCAUGAUGCCAUUAUCACAAGACACACUUAUAGGUGAUGUCGACAAUAACAAUAGUGAAUCAACAACAACAACAACAACAUACAAUUUACCAUCUCAAUCGAAGCCAAUAACAAUCGAUCCUUUGUCGAGUUUUUAUGGACCAGACGAUUCUUUUGAUAUUUUAUAUCAACCAGAUAAUGGACAAAACUACACAGGUGAAUUCUAUGAAUCAGGAGAUGAUGAUUUUGGUAAUUUUGGAGAUUACAACGGUCAAAGUUCAGCAACAACAAGUCAUAUUACCAAUUCGACAAACUUUAUUGAUGAUGAUGGUUUUGGUUUUCAAGCACUUCCAACACAAUCGAAUAUGCAAUUGGAAGAUUCUGCUGUCAUAUACGACGAUGGUUUUGAUCUGCCGACAUAUGGACAAGAAUCUGCGAGACAGUCAGUAGAUCAAUCGUUAGAGACAAUACUCGAUGAUGGAUUUUCCAAUGUGAUCAAUACAACUGGACAGACCAAAACAUCUAUAUCAUCGAUAAUACCUCCGAAUCAAAGAGAUGAAACUGAAUUUCCUGACGAGCUUAUCGUUACCAUUGCCGAUAUUCGUGAACAAUUUAAAGCUAUACUUCAACAUACAAAUUAUGCUUCAUUCACUUCUAAAGACGCAACACUGCUCGAUUAUCAAACAAAAUUUAAUGAUACAUGGGAACGUCUUAUUGCUUCUAAUUUUGAUCGUACGAAGCCUAUUUUUCUUUUUAAUGAUGGGCCUGUUACUAUUUCAGCAAAACGAGGUGGUAUUCUCUUUCUUGAAGAUCUCGAUCUACCAAGUCAAGCAGUGAUUGAACGACUCAAUUCGAUGCUUGAACCAAGUCCAACAUUUGCACUCACAGAAGACAUUACAAGUCAUGCAGAAAAAGGUCAACUUGAUAUUGUCUUAUCAAAUCAAUUUCAAAUAUUUGCCAGUGUACAUCAAGAACAAGCUCAUCAAUUACUCAAACUGAGUCCAGCAACACGUUCACGUUUCACAGAAAUUCAUGUACCAGCCUAUUCAGAAAAAGAACUUCAAGUUUUAAUUAAGUCUGAAAUGAUCAAACACAAUAUCAGUUCUAAUCAAAUUGAUUCAUUGGUUGAAAUCAUGUUCUCAUUGCGUCAAAAAUUACAUGAAGAUCCCGAAUGGAAACUUGAAAAUGACAUUCAACUUUUGUUUCGUUGGGCAGACUUCAUUGCUAAUCAUCAUACAUCGAUUUCACUGAUUCAUCGAAUGUUUCUCGGUGCUCGAUUUUUCUUUUUUGAUCAAUUACCUAUGUCAAGACAUGCUAGUCUAUUCGAAGAUUGGAAUAAAAAUUCGAAAUUGGGAAAGAAUUAUCAAGAAUAUGAACAUCUCUUUCGAGCUCCUAAACCUACAGAUGGAGCUAUUACAUUGGAAUCAAUUGAAUCAAUGGAUACUGCUGUAGAAUCGACAUUACCAUUUGAAGUUACUCGUGAUUAUAUAUCAUUGAAAUAUACUGGUGUACGAUAUUCUUGCGAAAAAAACGAUGAACAAAAUCAAACAUUACAAACGAACGAACUUAAGCAACGUUUCUAUUGUGUACCAACAUCAACCUUAAUCAAUCAAAUUGCACGCAUUUUUGCAGCAACAUCGUCUAAAACACCACUUCUUCUUGAAGGUCCACCCGGUAUUGGUAAGACUCAAGUUGUCACACAAGUUUGUGCAUUACUAAAUAAAAAAUGUGAACGAAUCAAUAUGUCAGCUAAUACAUCACUUGAUCAAUUGAUUGGUUGUGUUAUUCCUCGGUUUGUCAAUGGUACUCGUAUCUUUCAAUGGCAAGAAGGUCGAGUAUUAUCAGCGAUUAAAGCUCAAAAAUGGAUUCUUUUCGAUGAACUCAAUUUAACCGCCCCUGAAGUACUUGAAGGUCUUACACCUUUAUUCUAUCGAGGUACUUCUCGGUUUGUUGUACCGGCUACUGGUGAAGUUGUCGAACUAAAAACUAUUCGUCUAUUUGCAACAAUGAAUCCAUCAACAAUUGGUGGUGGUCGUAAUAAAUUACCGCGUUCGAUUAGUAAUCUAUUUACUAUUGUACAAUUAGAUGAUUAUUCUGCAACUGAGCUUCGUAUUAUUCUUAAUAGUUUAUUUCAACAGGAAUUAACUAAAGAUAAUAUUAGUAUGUCUCAACUUGAUGCACUCUUUGAUCUACAUACAUCACUUAAAGAACUUGUACGCCAAGGUACAAUCGGACGAACAGGUGGACCCUAUGAACUUAAUUUACGUGAUCUAUCAAAAUUUCGUGAUGUAUUUCGUGGUUCAAUUGAAAGUCAACUAUUUCAUUAUCAGUAUAUGAAUACGACAGAUGACGAUGAGGAUUAUAAUCAGAAAGAGGAGGAGAACAACAACAAAGAAAAUAAAAUAACAGAAUUGAGUCCUACAAUGAAUGCAUCUGAUAGUCGCUUUUUAUCAAUUCGAAAAUUUGCUCAAGUCGUUUAUGCAUGUCAAUUUCAUGGUCAAUAUGAUUUUAUUAAAGCAUGUGAAAUGAUUAAUUCAAAAUUUCCAAUCAAUGCAACAUUAAGUAAACGUGAAAAUGAUUAUUCAAUAGAUACAACUGUAGCAACAGUAGUUCGAAUUGGUUCAAUCUAUAUUAGUACUGGCACAGAAGAACCUAUAUCAUCUGAUCAUGCUCUUAUUCAUACAAAGAAAACUAUUCGUCAAUUAGAAUUACUUGCUGCUGCAUGUCAAUCAAAACGAACUAUACUAUUAGAAGGUGAUAUUUGUUCUCGAAAGUCAUCUUUAGUUAUGGAAUUAGCUCGUCUUACUCGUCAACGUCUUAUUACUAUUCCAAUGCAUGAAAAUUUUGAAACAUCUGAUUUAAUUGGUUCAUGGCGACCAACUACUAAUAAAACACAAAAUCAUCCAUUAUUUGAUAAAAUUGAUACAAUGUUUAAACAAAUUAUUAAAAUGCUUAUUCUUAUAAUAAUGCCAUUAUUAUCAAAAACAAGUAAUAGUGAAGUAUUUACUAAAUUUAAAAAUAUUCUUCGUCAACGAAUUCCAAUAUCUGGUUCAAAUCGAUAUGAAAUGAUUCCAUAUGAAAUUGAAGGUCUCAAUGAAUUAGUUAUAUUAUUACAUAGAUUAGUAAAAAUCUCCCAGUUAUCAAAUGAUGCUAAAGUACUUAUAUCAUGUUAUGCACGUCAAUCAGAUUAUUAUGCAAAUAAAUUAAAAGAUGCUCGUAUGGAUAAUAAACAAGAAAUGAGUUUUACAUUUGUUGAAUCUGAAUUUAUUCAAGCUAUUCGCGAAGGUUGGUGGGUUCUUUUAGAUAAUAUAAAUAGUGCACCACCUGAAGUAUUAGAACGUUUAAAUUCUUUAACUGAAGAUAAUCCAAUGUUAUCAUUAUAUGAAAAUUCUAAUGGACAAAUUUUAACACAAAAAAAUGGUAUUCAUCCAAAUUUUCGUUUGUUUACAACAGCUAAUCUUAAUCGAAUUUAUUCAAAUAAACUUUCAUCAGCAUUUCUUAAUCGUGUUAUUCGUAUUUGGUUACCACCGAUUGAUGAAUGUGAUUUAACAACAGAUGAUUCUGAUUUAACAACAACGGAUUUAUAUGAAUUAAUUUCAAGUCAAUUAUCAAAAAUUCCAGCUGGAAACCAAUUAUCACAUUUACUUGUUUUAACACAUAUUAAUGUUAAACAAUAUGUUAAAGAUAGUCGUCUUAAUUAUCCAAGUGAUUUUAUGAUAACUUACCGGUUACUUGAGCAAUGUGUUAAUACACUUUGUUAUCUUGUUAAUAAGAAUGUAAAUCCAGUUGAUGCUUGUUAUUGGUCAUUGAUACGUUCAUAUUGUUCGUCAUUACGAGAUAUAAAUCAAUAUCGAUUUUUUAUAAAUCGACUUCAACAAAUAAUUGAUAAAUUACAACUUCGUUCAUCAUCAACAAUUUAUUCAACAGCUACAGAUCAAUUUGAUCAAAAACAAUUAUUAUGGUUACAAGAAGCACAAUGUAUUCGAUCACAUUUUAUUCAAUUUGAAAGAUUUCUUAUUGAAUUUCAAAUAACUUUAUUACAAAUACUUUCUUUGGAUAAUAAACAUAUAAAACAAACACGUGAUUUAUUAAUUUUAUUUAUUGAUGAUAUUCUUCUACCAUUAAAGCCAUCUGAUGCACCAAUAAUUCAAUUAAAACAAAUCUUAAUUAAUGAGGAUGAUAAUAAUAUUAAACUUGAUCUUUCUCAAAUGUUAUUUAAAUUAGUAGAAUCAAAACAAUUAAAUACACAUUUUGAGAAAAGUCAAACAUUGGAUAUAUCAAAUUUUGUUCAAGAUUUUCUUACUAAUGGAUCAAAAUCUUUUCAAGCAGUUUGUGAUCAAUUAAGUAAUUUACUUGAUAUAUUUAUACGCAAUACAUCAUUUAAUGAUACAGAUCAACGUUUAUCAUUUCUUCAACGUUCAAUAUCAAUAAUUGAAAUAUUUCACAGAUUUUUUAGUUCAUCAAUAUUUUCUAAUUUUGAUCGAAAAACAAAUUUAAUCUCAUUAUGUUCUCAUUUAGUACAAUAUCUCCGGCCUUUAUUAACAUUUAAAGAUAAAUUAAAAUCUUAUGAAUUAUUUAAUGAUGUUGCUUUUAUUGAUGCAAAAGAUCAAUUUCGUUCUCAUUUAUUUACACAUUUUGAUACAGGAAUUAUUUGGUCAUUUGAACGUGCACAAACAUUUCCAAUACGUUUAUCAAGAAAAGAUUUACGUAAACUUAUUCAACAUAUUAUUAGAGAUCAAACAAAUCCAAACAUUAUUUUACCAUUAGAAUAUUUUUCUACACUUCAAGAAUGGAUUGGUUUACAAUGGACAUUUGAUGAUUAUUUAACUGUUAGUGUACGUGAUGCUUUACAAAAAAAUCUUCCAAUAACAAAUGAUUUUAUUCUUGAUUGUGAAUUUAAAUUUUCUUCUUGGGAAUUAUCAAAACAAUUAUCAUUUAUUAUUGAAGAUAUUAUUAAAGAUUUACCAUCCCACUCAAAUACAAUUAAUAAUGAUUAUUUAAAUAUGAAAAAAGAUCUUGAAAAUAAACAAAAUCAAUUUAAUCAAUGUCAAUUAAAUAUUGAACAAAUUAAAAAUAAAAUUCUUAUGAAAGAAACUGAAUCAACUAAAACAGAAGGAACAUCAACUACAACUAAUCAAACAAAUAAACCAAAACUUCAAAGAACUAUGUCAGUGUUUGAUCCUGAAUAUGAUGAUUUAACAAGUAAAUUAACAUCAUAUGAAAAUGAAUUUAUUCGAUUAGGUGAACAAUUAAAUUAUUUAAAUAAUCAAUAUCAUAAAAUUGAACAAACACGUUCAACAAUACUUGAUAAAGCUUUAAAUGCAUCUACUAAACUUCAAAAUGAAAUACAAAAAUUAAUUAAAUCUGUUCCUUAUAAAUUUAUUCAACAACAUUUUCAACAAUCCGAUGCAAAACAAUUAAAUUCUCUUUAUCAAUUACUAGUUGAAGCAAAACAAAAUUCAAGUUUAAUUAAUGUUGAUGGUUUACUUGACUUACGUGCUGUUUUAGCAACACCAUUUGGUCGAAUAUUAAUUCAACAUGAUGAUAUUCUUCAAACACCACUUAUUUUUAUUUUAUGUAAUUUUUUUGUUUUACCAAAUUUAUAUAGUCAAUAUCGAUUUUAUUUUAUUUCCGAUUGGAAACAAUUACAAAAUGAUUUCGAUAUUCGAACAUUUAAUCGUUCUCAUCUAGUUUUUUAUUGUCCAACAAAACAAACAUUUGAUUCUUGUUUAUUUACGAUUGAAAAUCAACCACGAAAAAUUUUAAUUACAUUAUGGAGUUUACAAGAGCAUAUUGAUAUUAAUGGUUUUAAUGAAAUAUUAGAUGAAAUUUUACCUAAUGAAAUUGAACAUAAUAUUGAACAAGAACAAUUAUCUGAUAUAGCUAAUACAUUUACUAAUAAAAAUUAUCAAACAUUUGGUUUAGCUUGUUUAAUACAUUUACAUGAAAAAAGUAGUUUAUCAACACCUACAACUGAUGAAAUGUAUAAAAAAUUAAUAAUUGUUUUUGAUCAAUUAAAACAAUUUGUUCAACAUAAUUCUUUGCAACAUAAAUCAUUACCAAUUUUUAUUUAUCAAAAUUUAAAUCGUUUUGAAAAAGAAUUAGAAUCAUUUAGUUUAAAAAAUUAUGCAAUGAAUCCCUGGCUGGUAUCAGUUGAACAAAUGUGGAAUUUAAUAAAACCUUAUCAAAAUAUAUUUUCAUCAAUAAUAACACAAAAUAUUCAACAAGAAUUAAAAUAUACAAUUCAAUCAGUUCAGCCAUCAAAUUUAAGUAGUCGUCUUACAUCAUUAGCUUAUUUACAAACAUUAACAAAUAAAUAUGCAUGCAUACAUAUGAUAAUUCAACAUUUACAUGAUGAUAUUAAUUUAACAACAACAACAGAAAAUAUAAAAGAUUUUCAAAUAUUUUUUGAUUUUAUUAAGAAAAUGAAUCGUUUAUUAAAAUUAAUAAAUCAACAUAUAUUAUUUGGUGGUUAUCAAUUAACAGAUCAAUUUUAUAAAUCUACACCACGAAUUAUUUUUCAUUUUGAAACUAUAUUUCGUUCAACAUUAUCAAUAAUUGAUAUUAAUAAUGGACAAUUAAAUAUUUCUAUUAAACAAACAUCUUCAACAUUAAUUCAUUUACAAAAACAACUUGAUCAAUAUUUAAUUGAUCUUCAUGUACCAAAUAGUCUACUUGCAAAAUAUAAUCUUCUUAAUAUUGUUAUUCAUUUAUCACCAUUAUUUGAUGAAAAUCGUUCUCAGUUAUUAUCAUCAUCGAAUCAAAAUAAUAAUUCUUUAAUUAAUGAUGAUCCAAAAGAAGUUCGAAGACAAACAAUACAAAGUCAAAUUGAUACUAGUAUCAACAAUUUAACUGAUAUUCUAUCACGAGCUGGUCAUCUUUCUAUACGCCCACAUUAUAUUAUUCAACGUAUUCAUUCAGCUUUACAUCGAUUAAAAAAAUUUGAUAUUAUUAAAGAAACAGAUAAAAAUUUAACAGAUCUUUUAAAUGAAGAAAAAAUUCUAACUGAUUUAUUAAAUAAAUUUAAACGAGAAAUUGAUCAAUAUACAUCAUUUAAUGUUACAUUACCUAAUGAUAAACCUAUUCGACAAUUAACUGAUAAAGAUAUUCAAUUUAAGAAUACUUCAAUUAAUAUUUAUGAUCAUCAACAAGAUUUUAAAAAAUAUUCAGAGAAAAUACAUAAAAGUAGUAAAGCUAAUCAAUCUACUCAAUUAAAUCAAAUAAUUCGUUUAACACAUACACAAGUAUCUGAUCAAACAUGGAUAAAAGCAAUGUCUUUAUUAACAACAAAUGAUCAAGAAGAAUUAAAAAAAAUAUUAAUGAUAUUAAAUGAUGAUUUAGCUAUGCAAAUUGAACAAGAAUCAACAAAUCAAGAUAAUACAAAUGAUAAAUUAAUUAAUAAUAUAAUAUUAGAUUAUGCACAAUUUCGAUGUGAUUUACUUAAUGAAGAAACAAAACGUGGAAUGUUAUCAAAUUAUAUUGAUGUUGCUCGUUUAUCAAGUGAACUUCGACAAUGGACAACAAAAACUGAUUUAAAUGUAUUUAAUAUGUUAGAAACUAUACGAAAAUUUAAAGAUGAUCUUAAUUUAGCACAAAAUCAAAUGAAAAAUUUUACAAGUAAUGCAAGUUGUAAUCUUUUACCUGUUGUUAUACGACCUGAAGAUCUUAUUUGUUUAUUAGCACCUGAGUAUACAACAACUAUAGAAAUUAUUUUUCGAAAAUUUAAUGAAAUUGAUUUAUUUCUUUCAUGUCGUAUUAAUAAAAUUGAACCAAUGCAAUUAUCAACGAUACCAUCAAAUAUUCAAACAGAUAUUGGUCUAUCAAGUUAUAUUUAUCGUCGAGAUAAACAAAUAAUAUCAUUAUUUGAUAAACAAAAACAUAUUCAUUCAUUAAUAAAUAUAACAUCAAAAUUUGUUCAACAAUUAAUUGAUAUUUGUAUUGAUCCAAAAAGACUUUCAUUUGGAUUAUUAAUAUUAAUAAAUUCAACUGGAAUUUAUCUUGAAGAUUUUAAACAAAAUAUACGUUUAUUAAAGAUAACAACAUUAAAAGAUGAACAAAAUCAUAUAAAACAAAUUGAAUUUAAAUUACAAAAAUUAGAACAAGAUUUUCUUAAAUAUGAAAAUGAUUUGAAAACAAUUCGUCAAAAUCGUGAAGAUGCUGAACUUGAACUUCAUUGUGUUACAAAUGAAUCAAUUUCAUUAAUUGAAAAUAAAACAAAUCUUGUUUUAGAAUGGCGAACAAAAGAAAAUGAAAUGAAUAAAAAUGUUGAUAUGAAAAGAAAUGAAAUUAAUAAUCUUAAACAACAACUUCAAGGAUUUAUUGAUAUAUGUCAAACAAAACAAGAACAACAACAAGAACAAUGGUUAAUUGAUAUUUUACAAUAUCUUAAUAAAAUCUCGGAAAAAAUUCAAAAUUAUAUUUUAAAAUUAACUAAUAAAUCUUCAUUAUCAUCAUCGACAAAUCUUUCUGAUUUACUUAAUAUUAUUAUUGAUAUAAUUCGUCAACAAUUACAUGAACCAACUAAAUUACUUAUUGAUGAAAAUGAAAUAAAAAUUUUAGAAAAAGAUAUUAAUGAUUUAUUAUUUGAAAUUCAAAAUCAUUUAAUGAAAUUAAUGGAAAAUGAUCCAAUGUAUUCAUUUAUUUUAUUUUAUUGUCAUUUAAUACGUAUGUCUUUUUCAUCAUUAUUAAAUUCAUUAUCAAGUUGGACUAAUUAUUCAAAUAUAUUAAAAACAUCUCAAAUGAAAUUUUAUGGAGAAAAUCUUAAAAAAAAACAAUUAUCUAAUUUAACUAUUAGAACAAAUGAACAAUGUCAUUUAUUUUUAAAUGAAAUUCGUCAAGGUUGUCAACAAAAUCAAAUUAUGAAACGUGCACAAAAUAUUAAAGAUUAUGUUCAUAAAGAAGUUACUAAUUUUGAUAUAUCAAUGACUAGUCAAAAUGCACAACAAAUGCAAUUUUUAAUACGAGAAUUUGAAAGAUUUGUUAUUAAUUUACUUAUUGUUGGUUGUCGAUUUUUACAAUUACAACAUGGAAUAAAUGAAACACUUGAUGAACUAUUAAUUGAUAUAUCAAUUGAAAAUCUUGAUCUUAAUUUACCACGUACAGAACUUGAUUUACUUAAAUUACUUGAAAUACGUCAAAUGCAAUUAGAAAGUCAUCAUAGCACUCUAUUAUUUCUUACAUUACAUAUUGUUUUUGAUUUUAAUUCAAAUCCAUUUGGUUUAUUUGAUCAACUUGAUCAUUCAAUACAAGCAUUUACAAAACUCUUAUUACCAUCUGCUUAUAUGAUUAAACAAACCUGGUUAACAAUUGAUGAGUUAAUUGAAAAAAUCUCGAAACAAAUAAAAAUCGAUGAAUAUGAAAUUCUUAUUGAAAUUUGUAAAGAUUUUGAAUGUUUUAUUGAUAAAACUAAUCAAAUUGAUAAUCAUAGUCAAUUUCUUAUUAAAUUAUUUGAAUCAAAUUUAUUAGAAAAAAUUUCAAAAGAUCUUAAUAAAUUAUCUGAAGAAUUAAUUGAAAAUCGUUCAGGAAUGAAAAUGUUUAGUGAAGAUUUAAUUUUUCGUUGGAAUACAACAAUUAAAGAAAUUUUACGUGGUUUUAUUCAAACACAAAAAUAUUCAAUUCAUCGACAACUUGAAUGGAAUCAACGAAAAAUGAAAAAAUUUUCAGAAUUAUUAAUCGAUGAUGAAAAUUCAAAUAAAAAAUUUUGUUUAUCUGAUAUUGAUAAAAUUUUACAAAGGAAAAAUCUUAUUUUUGCAUCAAUUAAUUUUGAAAUGAAAACAAAUUAUUUAAAACAAUUUUAUCAUCUUGAAAUAAUUUAUCAAUUAACACUCGGUGGAAUUGAUAAUCUUGAAUUAAUUAUUAUUAAUAAACCAAUCGAAUAUAUGGAUUUUUUUAUUAUUAAAGAAUUAUUUAUUUCAACAUUAAAUAUUUAUAAAAAUAGUCAAAAUAUUCUUCUUCAACAACCAUUUUAUGAUUUUAUUCGUAAUAAAACAUCAAUUAAUCAAUCAUUUCAAUUAAUUGAAGAUAUUUAUCGACAAGAAUCAAAAAUUUUUCAAAGUUUUUGUAAAUUAACAAAAGAACAAGUCAAAAAUACUUAUGAACAAUUAGUUAAUUCAAAUGAUUUUCAAUUAAUUCUUAAUCAAAAUAACCGCGCUGAUCAACAAUGGCAAAUAGCUGGACAAAAUUUUGUUGAAUUACGAAGUAAACACCGAAAAUCAACUAGAGGAGUUUGGGGAACAUUGGGACAUGGAUUGUUAAAUAUUGGAGGAAAAUUGAUGUCGCCAUUUUUAUCCCAUUCAACUCAAUCAACUCUCAAUGAUAUUGAUAAUUAUUUUGCAUAUGUAUUGCAAAAUACUUUAUUACUUAUGCAAUCAGAACAAAUUGGUAAUAAUAAAAUAUUUACAAGGGCUCAUUCAGAAGAAUUAGAAAAACUUAUUCAUUUACAUAAACGAUAUAAAAUAUCUUUGAAUUUAAGAGAAUUAAAUGAAAGUUUAUUUCCUAAAUCUAAUCAAAUUUAUCGUUUUGAAAUUUGUCGUAAUAACUAUCAAUUACAUAAGAUUCUUAUUCUAUUUUGGAUAUCCAAUACUGAACAACCAUUUUUAUGUUUACCGAUAAAUUUAACUGAGUUUUAUACAAAAUUUUAUCUGAUUAUUAACACAUCAGUAACACAUUUAGCGAUCAAAACUGACUUUUGUCUUGGAGAACAUAAAAAAUGGUCAAAAUUAGUUGAUCACCGAGAAAAAUAUCGAAUAAAGGAUAUCGUAGAAUUAAAAUGUGAAAAAAUUUCAAGAAAUUAUUGUUAUACAGUAAAUAGUAUUGCAGAUACACUUUCACCAACAAUGAUUCCAUCUCGUUCUCAGAUAUUACAGAAUUUACAAGAUUUAGAAGAACAACUUGAAAAUCAAAUAACACAUUCAAAAGAAGGAGAUUUAUUCAGAAAAUCAUCGAUUACACAAGCAUUUCAAUUAGUUACAAAAAAUCUUAAUGAAAUUAUUCAAAUAAUUCAAUGUCCAAAUUUACAUGAAAGUGAUUUAUUAAAUACAACAAAUAUUUUUCAAUUAUUUAUGAAAUUUCCACGUUCAGAUGUACUUAUUAAGGCAUUAAAUCUUCUACGAAGUGAAACUUUUUCAUCAAUUUCAUCAACAAUACAAUUUGUUGAUGAUAAUGAUCCAGCAUUACGUAUUACGAGUUUUGAUCUUGUUUGGACUCAUUCAAUGAAAAAUGCUUUUACAUUAAGUCGACAAUGUUUAAUUGAUGGUAAUACACAAAUGAAUAUUUUUAUUAAUCAUUUACGUCAAAUGAAAUCUUAUCUUAUUCUUGCUUAUGCUUGGGCUAAUUCUUUAUCGGAAAAUUCAUCAUCAAAUAUUCAACAAGAAUUUUCUUCAAUGCUAAAUGAAUAUAAUCAAAUACCGAAAUUAUCUAAUCAAGUAAAUAUUGAAUAUUUAAAUGAAUGUCAAUCGAUAAUAAAUGAUGCACAAAGAAUUUAUCGAACAAUUAAACGAACAUCAAAUAAUUGGAUGGAAAUAAAACGCCUUCUUAAUUUAACAACAUUUCCAAUAGAACCUAACUUAAAUAAAGCAUUUAGUCAUUCGCAUAUGAGUCGUGAUGCUCAUUUAUGGUUAAUUGAAACAAAAACUAAUGAUAAUACAUUAAUUAAAUUAGAAUCUCAUGCCCAGCCAGCUAUUCUUGAUUUUGGUAUUACUCUUGCUCAUAUUCAACAAAAAUUAAUUCAACGAAUUUUUAUUCAUAAUCAAUCAGAUAGAGAUUUAUUUUUAUGUAUUGAUCGACCAACAAAUGAUAAUCAGAUAUUUGAUGUUACAAAUGAAAAUAUUCAAUUAGCUUCUUCAGAUACAUAUCAAUUUGACAUUUUAUUAAAAUCACCAACUACAAUUGGUUUUACAAAUGAAAAUUGGAAUCUUUUGAUUGAUAAGAAUUAUACAAUUACGAAUGCAAUUCAAUUACAGACACAAACAGUUGAAAUUGAUGUUGAACUUUCAAGUGAUAAAAUUGAUUUUGGUUUAAUACCGUGUAAUAAUCAUCAAAUUGAAAAAUCUAUUUUUUUUAAAAAUGUUUUACCAUGUUCAGUACGUGUUAAAGCACAAAUACAAUCAACAGAAACAAAUCAUUAUCAAUCAAAUUUAAUUAUUUUAAAUAAUGAACUUGAAAUACCAGCUGAAUCGACAAUACCAUUUAAUAUUGCAUUAGAAUCAUCAGAAAAUAUUGAAGAAGAUAUUGAUAUUGAUAUUUGUUUAGCAAUUAAUACAGCAAAAAAUUUUAAAUUAUUUAAAGUAUUAGGAUACAUUCGACAAACUCAUUUAAUGCUUUUAUAUCAAGGUCGUAUUAUUAUGGAUAAUAAUCAAUCAAAUCGUUUACUUAUUCCUGAUUUUUAUAAAAAUGAAAAACGUCGUAUUCCAAUUGAAUUUCAAAAUACUGGACAAAUUGAAUAUACACUUCGUAUUCAUUCACCAACACUGAAAUUAAUAACAAGUGAUAUUCAUAUGCCAGUUAAUGAAAAGAAAACUAUUAAUAUUGAAAUACAAAUGAAUAAUAAUACACAUCAAGAAUUUAUUCUUAAUAUUGAUUUUAUUAAUAAUAAACGACAAUGUCAAUUAAUAUUUGUUUGCGAAACAUCUUUUGCUGACAUAACUUAUUCAAUUCGUAAUGGGGAUAAUAAACAAAUCAUUAAUAUAUCUGAAAAAGCUCAUAUGGAACAAAUAUGGAACAGAAAUACUUCUCAAUUAAAACCUAUUGAACAUGAAAUAACAUUUAAAAAUUCUGGUAAAGCUGCAGCUAUUAUUAAUUUCAAUGAAAUUGUUUCAAAGAAAAAUCCAUCAAUUCCAUUAACAUCUCAUUUUCAUAUUGAACCUGAUCAUUUUUUUGUUUUACCACAAUCACCAGUUCCUGUACGUUUUAUCUAUCAUCCAAUUGAUUUACGAAUAUUUGAUGUUGAAGUAAAACUUCAAUCAAACAGUUCUACUACUCCACUCGCUAUUCCUUUUUAUGUUGAAUUUCAAACACCUAUUUUAAGAUCUACACCACGUACUCUUAUUGAUAUCGGAUCAAUACAAUCAGGACAGAUUUUUAAACAAAAUCAGUUAAUGUUAGAAAAUAUUGGGAAAAAAGAACUUCGUUUUACAAUAUCUGAAUCAAUUUUAAAACAACCAUUCGUUAAAUUAGCUACUGUACAAGGAUCAUCAACACAAACUCAAUUGAUAUCAGUUAAUCAACCUAUUCGAAUUAAUCCAAAUCAGACACAUUACUUUUCUGUUAAAAUUGAAUGUGAUACGAUUGAAAAUCAUAGUUUUCAAUCAGAAAUUCUUGAACUUGCACAAAUUGAAUUAACAAGUUUAUGUGAUCCAAUUAUUGAUACUGAUGGAAAAUUAAUUAAUCGAUCAAUAACAAUUAUUAUUAUUGGACAUACAAUACCAUUAUCAACAUUUGCAUUACCAAGUAAUUCGAACUGUCAAAUAUGGUCUGCACUCAAUCUAUUACCUUCAUUAUGGUUAUAUCGUAUUUGUCGAGAACAUUCUAUUUAUAGUUCUUAUGCUCCGUUAGUAACACUUACUGCUAUUGCUCAUAUAUGUGGAUCAGAUAAAACAAAAUCUUCAUUACCUGAAACUAAAGAUGAAUGGUCAACAUUUUGCUUUAAUCUUUCUCAAGGUAAAGCAGAAAAAGUUAUACUUGAAUCAUUUAAUGAUGGUAAUACUUUAAAUAAUUCUAUUGAUAUAUUAAGUAAACACCUUCGAUCUUCAAUUUCGAAUUAUCGUUCAUUUUUUUAUCAUUGCCAAUUAUUUCAUCGUUCGUUUAUGGAUAUCGAUUCUAUUCGACUUCAACUGUUAUCUGUAAUUAAUUCUGCUGAUGAUAUUAAUGAAGCAUAUUCAAUGCAAAAUUAUGUAUCCAAAUUCUGGAAUAUCUUUGAACAAUGUACACCUGAUGAUGCUUAUCAACAAGCAAUUAAUCUUAUACAUUUCUGUGUUAGUAAUGAUUGUGCUAUGCCUAAAAAUGUACGUGUUUUCAGUGAUUUAAUUCAUCAAAUAAUUCAUUCAUCAACAACAUUCAAUGUUGCACAACACUUAUCUACACUUAUACCUUCAACUGGUACAUUUGGUGAAUUAUUAACUAUAUCAACAACAUCAUCUGAUUUAAAAUGGACUCUACUUUUUGGACUUAUUAACGAUCAGAUUAAACAAAUAAUGAUUAGAUUAAUCAAGAAUGAUUAUCAAGCAUUACUUGAUUUACAUUUGAUUUAUUUUAAGCAACAUCAAUCAAUUUCAGUGCAACAAUCAAUGCUCGAAGCAUUCAAAAAUGCAAAUAAUUUCUGGAAUACAUUAGAUUCAAAGCAAAAAUCUGAUUUACUGUCACCGCUCUUUGUUGACAAUAUAGAUUUAGUUCAAAUUAUUCAAGGAAUAUCAGAAAAGAGACAAGCUGAACUUAAUCAUUUAGUAUUAGUCACAAAUAUCAUUCUUAAACGAUUUAAUAUAUCUCAACAUGUGUUGAAUCAAAUUGAGGAUAUUUUCAAGAGAACUACCUGUUAUGAUAUUUCUCAUGCACUUUAUGCAUAUUGUAAUAUAUCGUAUCAGCAACGGGAGUAUCUUGCUUAUAAAAUUGAUCAAUUUAAAACAUCGUUAGUCGAUUAUGCUAAUAAAAAUCGAUCAAUUGAAAAAUCUAACAUUGAACCAUAUUGUGAUAUCAUACGUCAGCUUGUCCCACUUAGUUCUGAUCAAUGGAAUUCAGCAAAGAAAGCGAUUGCAAUGCUUGGACAUUUACUAUGCGAUAUUGGCAAAAAAAACACGAUAGCAGCUGUUACUGUUCGUCAUUCUCUUCAUUUUCUUAAUGUACUCAAUCCUGAUAAGAAUUGGUCUUCAAUCAAAGAAUCUUAUGUACAAAUAUGUUCUACACCAACUUGGGAAACAAUAUCCGACUUCAUCAAUACAAUUGGUUGUAAUCAAGAAAUUAUUCAAUUGACAAGAACAUUUCAAGAUAAUAAUAAUGAAGAAACAAUAGCUGAAACUGUGUUAAAAUUAUGCCGUCUUGUUUCAACAAAUGAUCAAAUCAAGUUAUUGAAUACACAUGAAUCAUCAAUUCGUAAUUUACAACUAACUACAGCAUCACCUGUCGAAUUAUUGACACAGAUUCAAUCAUUUGUUUCGCCAGAAAUUAAAAAUAAAAUUAAUGCUUAUCUUACUUUAUUACGUUUGUCUCCUCAAAAUUUACUCGCUGUCGAUGAUUACAAUCGUUAUCUUCUCUUUGAUAAUAUUGUUCCAUCAUGGUUAACAUUAUUUAAUAUCACUUGUCCUAAAUUUCAACGCUUAUUUGAAGCACUUUCAUCGAUUUUGACAUCAUUUCCAGGUUUAAUAGCUUCUAGAGGAAUUCCAUUAUGUCAACAACUUUAUACAACAAGUAUAUCAUCAGCAUUAUGCACACUUGCGAAUUGUCGUCAAAAUACUCGUGAAGGAUUCAUUGAUACUUCAUCAUCUAUUCCAACGACCAGUUCUCCAUCUAUUCUUGAAGCUAUUCAUCAAACACUGAAACAGGAUAUUUCUCAAAAUGACCCACCAAAAUCAAUAAUCAAUAUACCAGCACCUACAACAUCAUCACCACCAAUAACAACAACAACUGCAACAACAACGUCAACUCCAUGUCCAUAUUCUGAAGAAACUCUUAAAAAAAUGGAAACAUCUGUCAGUCACUAUUUGAAAAAUAAUGUUCGACAAUCUGUUCGUUUCGAUGAAACGGAUACAAUUCGUGAUAUUGUCAAAGCAGCAUUAGAUUAUCGUCCACAAGUAGCACAAUGGUAUGCUAUUUUUGCAACAUUCAAUGUUCUUAUGCAUCAUCGAUCGAAUGCAAAUGAUCCCAAUCAAAUUGCUGAUGGUCAUAAAAUAGUCCAAUAUGGUUUACAAUUAUUACGUGAUAUUAUUGUUGCAAAAAAAAUUCUUGAGCCGACAUUUGCUUAUACAGGUGUUCGAUUUUUAGUUAAAGAUCUUACACAAUUAGAAAAAUGUUUACUUUCAUUAGCUCUCGAAAAUUAUCCAUUAUUACUCAAUACUUUACGUCAAUUAAAUGUAGAUACUACUCAACUUAAACAAGAUUUUAAACCGCCUUCACGUUCAAUUGGUUCGAAUAAUGGUAUUUCAAAGAAAACUAAACUCGAACUUAUUCAAGAAAUUGGUAUCACAUCUGAUCCUACUGAAUUGAAUACUACAACUGAACCAACAGUGACCAGUAAUGAUGAUAUACCAUUGAAGAUGGAUGAUUGGGAGAAUGCCAUGCAAAAAACUGAUGAUCAACAACUCGAAGAUAUUAUGAAAAUAGCUAAGAACGAAACAAAAAACAAACCUAAAAAACGAAAAGUUCAUAAUUCAGGUAGUUCUAUUCAAACUAAUGUGGGAAAUUUAGCAAGUGCCAUGUUAGCUCAAAAUACAAAUAAAAUGAAAGCAUAUCCAGCUAGUGAUACUACUGGUACUGGUGAUAUAUCUGUAGAUGAUACAGAUGGUUCUCAACAAGUCGAUAUUGAUUUGAAAAUGAUGGCUAUGCAUGAACAUUUACGAAAACAACCGAAUUUAAUUGAUAUGUAUGAAAAAGCAAAUACGAAAGUUGUUUCAACACUACCCGAAGGUAAAUUAGAUAAUCGUUCAGCACUUAAAUCAAAUACAAAACCUGAUCAAUGGACUUAUCAAUUACUUGUUGAAACACCAGCAAUUGCUCGUAUGAUAGAUACUAUUCUACAAGAAUUUCGUUUAAAUUGGGAAAAAUUAAUAAAUAAUGUGAAUUUAUUAGAUCGACAUGAAAUUCGUUGGUGUAUUAUGAUUGAUAAUUCAGGUUCAAUGAGUAUUCAUCGUACAAUUAUCUAUGAAACAUUAGUUGUUAUUAUGGAACUUUUACGUAAACUUGAAACAAAAUUUGCUGUUGCACGUUUUGGUACACGAAAAAAUCAGAAAAUUUUAAAAAAUCUUCAUGAAUUAUUUACUAAUCAAGAUGGACAAUAUGUUCUUGAAGCAUUAACUUUUGAUGAAGGAACUUAUCCUGCUACUGGUUUAGCACGUGUUGCUGAUCAAGUUUUUCCAAAGGGGAAAGAUUCAAUAACUUUACCAAAUACAAUUGUUCAUCGUCUUGUUCUUAUGAUAACUGACGGUUUAACAGAAGAACGUGAUGGAGGAAGUUAUUCACGUACAAUUACAAAAAAUGAUAUUAAACUUGGUUUUAUGUUUAUUGAAACAGCUGAACAAAGUAGUAGUCAAGUUCUUCUUAAAGGUUUAGGACAAGCACAACAUUGUGUUCUUAAAGCAGAUGAUAUUAAAGAAUUGCCAAUUAAAGUACCUGAAUUAAUGUAUCAAAUGAUUAAAGCAUGUUUAACAACAUCAUCAUCAGCAACAACAGCGGCAACAUCAAAAUCAAUAUUUCCUAUAAUUAAUAUUAAAAUGCCUAAUAAAAUCGAAGAAUCAAAUAUUGAAAAACUAAAAUAUAACGCAGAAAAUCAAAGUUCAUAUACAAUUAGUAGUCCAACAGCUACUAUUCCAAAAUUGACAGAGUUAAAAUCUCAAUUAAUGAAUUAUUUGUCACGUUCAGAUGAAUAUACAAAUUAUGCAUCAAAGGCAAUCGAUGAACUUCGUCAAUAUUAUCAUAAACUUGAAAUAACAUCAAAAAUGCAAGAUAUAGAAAAGAACUGGAUUGCAGAUGAAUUUGCUUUUUCAAGUCUUAUCGAUGAUUUAACAGUUGCAUUUGGUGAUGUUGUUUUUCCAUAUAAUAAAUUUACACGUCGUCGAGCAGCAUUACGUGGUUCAUCACUUUAUUUACCUGGUUUAAUUAAAGCAAUGACAACAGAAUGGAGUUAUAAGAAAAUUUUUAGUGCGAAAUUAGCUGGUGGUAAACGUGAACAUGCUGUUUGUCUUGCUAUUGAUGUUUCAACAUCAAUGUUUGGUACACUUAGUAGUGGAAUUAUGGAUGGAAUUAUUGUACUUAUAGGUGCUUUAAAAAAACUCAAUUUAGAUAAUUGUGGAAUUAUUAUUUUUGGUCGAGAAGUACGUUUAAUUAAAACAAAUGAACAAUCAUGGGAUACUGGAUGUAUUUCAACACUUAUUAAUGAACUACGAUUUGAUCAAGAUGAUGAUACACGAGAUGCUGAUGCUAUUGAAGCUGCUAUUGAUCUUCUUAAUCAAUGUUCAGUACGUGGUGAAAAGAAAAUAUUUAUUUUAACUGAUGGUUAUACGAAUUGUGCUAGUCAUAUAACAAUGGUACAACGACGUGCAGAGGAUAAUGGAAUUGAUUUAGUUGCUAUAGCUAUUGGAAUUGACCAAACUAAUUUAAAAUCUGUUUAUAAACGAUAUAUUCAAUGUGCUACACCAUAUGGUUUACCAAAAGCCAUACGAUCUUUAUUUGAAAAUGAACCUCAAUUGUGUUCACUUGAAUGGUUAAUUAAAAAAGAUAUUGGAAAUACAUCGAAUACAAUUUCGAAACAAAGUCUUUUUGAAGAUUUACAAUCGAAAAAAGUCUUUAAUGAUAUGAUUAAAGAUUUAGCUGGUCAACGUGAAUUAAUGUUAAUGAAUAGUGGUCAACCACCAUCGAAUAUUUUAGUUAAUAUAUGUUUUUGUCUUGAUUGUACAGGUAGUAUGUCUCGAUGGUUAUCAGCAGCUAAAGAGCAAAUGAAAAGUAUUAUUGAUGGAAUUACAAAACUUAUUCAAAAAGAAUAUCCAUCACUUAAUUUAAAAUUAUGUUUUGCUAUUGUUGCAUAUCGUGAUAUUAAUAAUAAACCACAAUUUUUUCUUCAAGGUUUUACAGAUAAUACAACAGAAGUAAUCAAUUUUCUUAAUAGAUUAACAGCAAGUGGUGGUAAUGACUUACCGGAAGAUGUUCUUGGGGCACUUGAUCAAUGUUUAAAUUUAAAUUGGAGUAAAACAAAUGCUCGUUUUAUUGUACUCAUUACUGAUGCACCAGGUCAUGGACCAGAACUAAAUGAUAAUCUUGCAAUCGACAACUAUCCACAAGGAAACGGUAAACAUACAGUACAAUCAAUUUGUGAUCGUCUUUUAACUGAAGAUAAAGAAAUUGAUCUAAUGUUUUGUCGUAUAAAACCAAAAGCUACAGCUAAAAUGGAAGCGGCAUUCACUAAAUAUUACAAUGCUAAAAAAGAUGAAACUGGUAAAGUAUUUACUUCAAUUCAAUUGUUUGAUGAAAAACAACAAGAGAAUCAAUCAUUUCAUUUUGUCUUCGUACUUGAUGAGUCGGGUUCAAUGAGUGGUCACUGGAAUUCUCUACAAACUGCUUAUAGUGGAUUUCUAACACAACGUAAUGAUGAUCAAGGUGGUGAUGACCAUAUUACAGUUGUUUUAUUCGAUAACAACGCACGUCUCAUAUAUCAACGUCAACGUCUUGUUAAUACUCCUAAUAAUCUACCAAUGUUACACAAAGGUGGUACUGCAUAUAGUGCAGGCUUAAAAGUAGCAGAUCAAUCAAUUGCUGCCGAUGGAACAGCAUCAUCGGUUGUCAUGAUUUUUAUGUCAGACGGUGCGAAUUGUGGUGGAGAAGAUCCUGUUGCAUUGAUACAUCAAUUGAAGCAAAAAUAUGGUGGAAAUCACAACUUUAUUUGUCAUACAGUUGGCUUUGGUUCUGGUAUAGCCCCAGGAAGUGCAGAAGCUAAAUUGCUUGCUAAUAUGGCAUCAACUGGCGGUGGUCAAACAUAUUCAGCCAAGGAUGCUGUGCAGCUCAAAAGUGUAUUCGGUAAUAUUGCUGCGAAUAGCACUACAAGUGAUACGCUUGUUCAACGUUUUUCAGAAAUUCUGGCACGUGAAAUUAGUGUCAAAAUCAUGGUCGAUUAUCUUUGA